AAGCACGGACCUCCUAUAAAGAAAGAAGAACGGACCGGAGGAGGAGCCACCCCCGAACCCCGGUGACAGUGAUCCCCAGACCUCCCGCUCGGCUCCGCUCCGAACCACGACCUUUCGCCAACAUGGCCCGCCUCGGCCUCCGGCGAUUUCUGCCGCCGAUGCUCCUCCUCGUCCUCUUCGUCGCGGUGGAGGCGGCGGGGAAGGGCGACGGCGGGCUGCGGUUUCGGCGGGAGAACGGCACGUUCAAGGUGCUGCAGGUGGCGGACAUGCACUACGCGGACGGGCGGAGCACACAGUGCAGGGACGUGCUGCCCGCGCAGCGCCCCGCCUGCUCCGACCUCAACACCACCGCCUUCCUCUACCGCCUCCUCCGCGCCGAGGACCCCGACCUCGUCGUCUUCACCGGUGAUAACAUUUUUGGCGAGGAUUCAACCGAUGCGGCCAAGUCGAUGGAUGCGGCGAUCGCUCCGGCCAUUGCCAUGAAACUUCCCUGGGCUGCUGUGCUCGGCAACCAUGACCAAGAGGGUACGCUGUCGCGCGAGGGCGUGAUGCGCCACCUUGUAGGCAUGAAGAACACCCUUGCACGCUUCAAUCCACAAGGAGUAGAAAUCGAUGGCUACGGAAACUAUAAUCUGGAGGUUGCAGGGGUUAAAGGAACACUGCUGGCUAACAAAUCAGUGCUCAACCUGUAUUUUCUUGACAGUGGUGACUAUUCUACUGUGCCAUCGAUUCACGGCUAUGGCUGGAUCAAGGCUUCACAGGAAGCUUGGUUCAAGCAAACCUCUUCGAGUCUCCAGCAAAACUAUACGGGUGGACAACCCAGACAGAAGGAGCCAGCACCUGGUCUUGCUUACUUCCACAUUCCCUUGCCGGAGUUCAACAACUUCACGGCAUCAAAUUUCACAGGAGUAAAGCAGGAGAAUGGUAUCAGCUCGGCGUUGAUCAACUCCGGCUUCUUUAACACCAUGGUGGAAGCUGGAGAUGUGAAGGCUGCCUUUGUAGGACAUGAUCACUUAAACGACUUCUGUGGUAAGCUCACUGGUAUUCAGCUGUGCUAUGCUGGUGGCUUCGGUUACCAUGCGUAUGGGAUGGCCGGGUGGUCAAGGAGAGCAAGGGUGGUGUCUGUGCAACUUGAGAAGGCAGCGAGCGGCGAGUGGCAAGGCGUGAAGUCUAUCAACACAUGGAAGAGGCUUGAUGAUCAACAUCUCACCACAAUUGACUCUGAGGUGUUAUGGAACAGAAGCUCUAAUAGUUGAGGUUGACAGGGAGGCGCCAGAAGAACAAUGAUGGAAGCUGAUCUUGUCUGUUGUUGAUGCGCAGCUUAUCUUGAAGAGUUUGUAACUACGUGAAUGAACACACACCGCAUGCCGCAUGUAUACGCAAAGUUUUCACCAUUAUUAUUUUUCAUGUCAAGAAAAAAAAUUGGACCAUGAACGGAUCUAAUGUAACGCAGUAAAGAUGACACUCUUUGCAAUUGAGCUCAUAUGUCAAAUGGAAAUGAGAAUACCAAUGCCAA